GUGACGUCAUCAGCGGGCGACGCGGGCGCAGGAGCGACUGCAGUUCAGAACAGGAUGAUGACGUCACAGAGAUGGAGCGGCGGUCACGUGUCAUCUGUGCUCUGCGCUGGUGUUUGUUGUGGAUCAGAGCAGCUGAUGGCCACCGGAGCAGAAGGAGGUGAAGUGACGCUGUGGAAUCACAACGGAUCGCCGCUCUCUAAACUGCACGUGCGCGGCGAUGGGGACAUUACGAGCGUAGCGUUCUCCCCGUCGUCGCCCUGCGUGCUGUACGCCUCUCACGGACAGAGCGUCAGUGUCCUCGACCCCAGGAAUCUGAAGACCACCGUGACUGAACUGCGGGAUGUGGCGGAGGAGGAAAUCAACUCGCUGUCUGUGAACGAAACAGGUGGCGUGCUCGUCGUGGCCGAUGAUUCUGGAGUCGUGACGGUGAUAGACACGCAGCUGGAGAAAGUGACCCGGACCCUGCGGAAACACGUCAACAUCUGCUCUUCUGUGACCUUCCGUCCUCAUCGGCCACAGAGUUUACUGUCUGCUGGUCUUGACAUGCAGGUGAUGCUGUGGACUCUUCCUAAGGUUCGUCCGCUGUGGUCUUGCAGUCUACAGGACGGGUCGGUGGAAGGCGCAGGGCAGAUGUUUAAUCCUCCGCUGGCACACUGCGUCGACGCUGCCUCUUGCGGUGACGUGUUUGCCUGCGCAGCCGAGGACGGCUGCGUUCAUCUGCUGCGGGUGUCUGCAGACUCCAGGCUCAGAGGACGGAGCGUGUUUAAAGCUCACAGUCAGGGAGUGUCACAGGCGCGAUUCCUCAACUUCAUGUCUCAUCCAUACUGGCUGGCCACGGGAGGGAACGAUGGACUGCUGGCUCUAUGGGACCUGAGUGAAGACGCUGCAGCGCCGCUCGACAACAAGAUGACCGCCCGCAAGAAGAGAUCUAAAGCCCGAGCAAAGACUCCGAAAUCACAGAUGAGCACACAGGAGGAAUCUGAAUCAGAAACGCGUACAAGAGUCGAGCCGAAACUGAGUUUAAAUCACGGGGAUAAAGUGAACUGGCUGUGUCCGGCUGUGUUAAGGGGGAAGCCCAGUCUACUGGUGACGGACCAAAGUCCCGAGCUGUCGGUGUACUCGCUGGACAAGCUGUAAUGU